AUGACCUUUCAACAUCUUUCAUCAAAACGUCCUCGACAAAACGCUUCGGUCCAGUCUCUUCAUUCAUCAACUUCACAUAUUGAGGUCCCUGAAGAGAUCACAUUAAUUAACAUUGAAGAAAUAUUUGACGAGUUUGCCAAUAACAUUAUGAUCAAAAAUGCCUUAGCAACAAGAUCUGAUGAAGCGAUGACGACAUUAGAAAGUUCUCUACCUGAGAAGGAUGUAGUUUCAACAAUAUUAACAUGUGGAGCAAUUGUAAAAGUUUUCUGGAGUGAGGAAGAUUGUGAAGAAACAGGGUGGCACGAAGGGUGGUAUCUUGCAGUGGUGAAAGACGUUAUCGACAAGGAAGAAGCGUUGAUUAAUAUCUCUUACGUUGUUGAACCGGAAUGCUUAUAUGAAACAAAUGUCACACAAUUAUUAAGCGAUAAAAAAGUCAUGCUACAUGAAGGAUCUGAGAUAGAGGAAUUCUACGAGGUUGGUUGCAAAGUUAAAGUCAGGUGGAGUAAAGAGGAAAUCGGAGACUCGGGGUGGAGAUCAGGAUGGUAUGUUGGGGAGGUACAACAAUCUGACCCUGACAAUGAUGAAAUCAAGGUAGUGUUUCAAGCGGAACCAGAUGCAACCUACUCAUAUGAAGUUACUUCUUGUUUGGCAUAUGGAUGUUUACAGAUGGUCAAGUCAGUAUUAUAG